AUGGCAAAAAAGAAAAAAUCCACUGACGAUCAUGCUGAUUCAUCUUCUGAAUACGCAGGUCGUGAAUUUGGAAUUUCCAUUCAAGAAUUAGAAACAUUAAUGCAAACACGAGGUCAUGAAGGUAUUCAACAGCUAAAUGAAACAUAUGGUGGUCUUAGUGGUCUUGAACAAAAGCUCAAAACAAAUUUAAUAACCGGUCUAUCUAGUGAUGAAAAUGAUUUAUCAACACGUAUCGCUGCAUUUGAUCGCAAUGAAAUUCCAUCAAAGCUACCAAAAACAUUUUUUCGUCUUAUGCUUGAUAGUUUACAAAAUAUUAUACCUGUUAAAAUUAUUAUAUUUGCUAUCAUUUUAUUAACUUUAUCAUUUUAUUAUCCAAGUGGAGAAACAUUUGAAGCUGAAGGAAAACCAAAGGAAGCAAAUGUUGCAUGGAUUGAAGGUAUAGUAAUUAUUAGUGCCGUACUUGUAGUUGUUCUCGUAACAACAUUUAAUGAUUUGGUAAAUGAACGACAAUUUCGUGCUCUUCAAUCAAAAAUUGAACUUGAUCAAAAAUGUAAUGUUAUUAGAGAAAGUACAGUACGCCAAAUUCCAAUAAAAGAUAUUGUUGUUGGUGAUAUAUGUCAAAUUAAUUAUGGAGAUUUAUUACCAGCUGAUGGUAUUGUUGUACAAUCAAAUGAUCUCAAAGUUGAUGAAUCAUCAUUAACUGGGGAAUCAGAUUUAAUUAAAAAACAUGAAUCAGGAGAUCCAUUUCUUCUUUCAGGUACGCAUGUUAUGGAAGGUAGUGGUAAAAUGUUAGUUUUGGCUGUUGGUGAACACAGUCAAAUGGGAAUGAUAUGUAAAGUAUUAGGCACAAUCAAAGAAGAGAAUAAUGAUGAUAAAAAAAUAAAUGAUAAUAACAAACAAAAUGUUACUGCCGAUGCAGAUGUUAGCAAACGUCAAGCACAACCAGGAUCGACUGCAGAUGCAGCUAAAUUACAAGAAGUUAUGCCUGAUAAUGCCAACCAAGCAAAUAAUGAAGAUGAUUCUGAUCGUCUUAAUUUUGAAGAACGAACAACUUUACAAGCAAAAUUAACAGAAUUAGUUAAUCAAAUUACACAUACAGGCCGAAAAAUUUUUAUUUUAAUUGUACUUGUUCUAUUGGUACCAUUUGUAAUUGAAGAAUUUGCUCAAAGACACGAAUGGAGUAGCAAAUUCUGUAGUCACAUUGUAGGAUAUUUAACCACUGGUAUAACAGUAUUUAUCAUUAGUUCACCUGAAGGUUUAUCAUUAACUCUAACAAUAUCAUUAGCAUAUGCUGUUAAAAAAAUGUUGAAAGAUAAUAAUUUAGUUCGUCAUUUGGAUGCAUGUGAAACACUCGGUAAUGUAACAACAAUAUGUUUUGAUAAAACAGGAAUAUUAACAACAAAUGGUAUGACUGUUGUACAAGUCUAUGUUGGUGAACAACAUUGGAAAAAUAUUGAUAAUCCAGUUAAAGCUAAAGAAAUUACUAUACCAGCAAAUACAAAAGAAAUUAUAAUUGAAGGUUUAUCCGUUAAUAGUAAUUAUUCAUCAGAAUUAUUAUCUUCAACAGAAAAAGAAACAUUACCAAAACAAGUUGGAAAUAAAACUGAAUGUGGUUUAUUAGAUUUUGUUGGUGUUCUUGAUGGAAGUUAUGAUGAAAUACGUACACGUUAUCCAAAAGAAAAAUUUGUUCAUGUUUAUGGAUUUAAUUCAAUACGAAAAAAUAUGUCAACAGUUAUUCGACGACCUGAUUCAACUAUACGUAUGUAUACAAAAGGUGCAUCAGAAAUUGUUUUAAAAAAAUGUAAAACAAUAUUAAAUCGUAAUGGAGAAAUAAUACCAUUUUCAACUGUUGAUUAUGAUCGUCUUGUACAAACAUUUGUUGAAUCAAUGGCACUUGAUGGUUUGCGUACAAUAUGUUUAGCAUAUAGAGAUUUUUUACCAGAUAAAUUACCCGAUUGGAAUGAUGAAACUAGUGUUGUGGAUCAAUUAACAUGUAUUUGUGUAUGUGGUAUUGAAGAUCCUGUACGACCAGACGUACCUGAUGCUAUAGCUAAAUGUCGAAAUGCUGGCAUAACAGUACGAAUGGUUACAGGAGAUAAUAUUAAUACAGCUCGAUCGAUUGCACUUAAGUGUGGAAUUAUAUCACAUAAUGAUAAUGCUUUAGUACUUGAAGGUGCAGAAUUUAAUAGACGCAUAAGAUCAACACUAAAUGGAGAGGUUGAACAAAAUUUAUUUGAUAAAGUUUGGCCACAUCUACGUGUAUUAGCUCGUUCAUCACCACAAACUAAAUAUGUGCUUGUGAGAGGUAUUAUGGCAUCAAAAAUCAAUCCGACACGUGAAGUUGUUGCUGUUACCGGUAGUGGAACAAAUGAUGCUCCUGCUUUAAAAAUAGCUGAUGUCGCUUUUGCAAUGGGUAUACAAGGUACCGAUGCAAUAAAAGAAGCAUCAGAUAUAAUUCUUGUUGAUGAUAGUCCGAAUUCAAUCGUCAAAGCUGUUAUGUGGAGUCGUAAUGUUUAUGAUUCAGUAGUAAAAUCUCUUCAAUUCCAAUUAACUGUUAAUGUUGUUGUGGUAUUGUGUGCUUUUAUUGGAGCAUGUAUUGUAAAAGAUUCUCCAUUACGUGGUGUACAAAUGUUAUGGAUUUCUUUAAUUGUGAAUGCAUUGGCAUUAUUAGCACUUGCUAUUGAAGCACCAACAGAAGAAUUAUUAACACGUAAACCUUAUGGACAUACAAAACCAUUAAUAUCUCGCAUAGUGAUGAAAAAUAUUAUUGGUCAUGCUAUUUAUCAAUUAACUGUUAUACUUUUUAUUUUAUUAGCUGGUAAGAAAAAAAAAGCACCCACAAAAAGAGAUUAA